AUGACGACGCGCCUCGACUGCCGCCUCGACUGCCGCCUCGAUCGCCGCCUCGAUCGCUCGGACAGACUCGGACGCCAUCGCUUUCGCGCGCGAGUCUUUCUCUUCUCACCUCUCAUCGAUCUCAUCCCCCUCACCAUCGUCCCUCACUGGCCAUCAUGUGAGUACCCCGCGGAGUAUGUAUCAACAGCUUGACUGAAGUAGAACCCACCCGGCCCCGUCCAGGUCCUGGUUCAGUGGCAGUGCCAGCUCGCAACCGCCGCCCCCACCGACCGGGUCUGGUCGCCAGCCAGCACCAGCACCCGCACCCGCACCCUACUACACCGUCCCACCGCCCCAGCCCGCGCGAUCGUCACCGGCCUCGUACCAGAGAGUACCCGCAGCCGCGGACCAGCAACGUCGACCCGGGCCGCAGUACGACUCGGGCUCGGGCCCAGCACCACCCUCGGCGACGAACACGUACCAGCAGCAGCCCCCGUCGCGUGGCGGGGCCCAGACUCGUGGCCAGCAGGGGCAGGGGCAUGGUACACCGGGCCAGUACAACGUCGUACCCAUCCCGCCCGGUCUCGAGGACCUGGCCCACACCAACAAGAUCGUCGUCAGCGAACGCGACUGGCAGGGCGUCAACUACGUCAACGUGCGGCAGCACAUGCGACCGAGCUCGACUCCGUAUUCCAUCCAGUGCGUGCGCUUGCGUGUGGGUGGCAUGUGCGAACCUGAUGCUGACUGAACAUCGCCUUACCACCACUCAGACCCCAUCCCCGAAUCGAGUCCGGAUCGAUCGCGGCCGGCCUCUUGAUUCGCACCCAUCUCGGCUUCUCCAAGCUCGGAGACACCGCCGUGCUCUCCACCCUCGACUCGCUCGGACCCGAUGCUUACCUCGCCAGUCUCGACUUGGAGGUACGUCCAAUUUGGUCUCAGAUCCUCGACGAACGACAGACGACUCAAACUUACUAUGGCUCCGCCACAGGUCGCCUAUUUGCAACGCAAUGCCGAGCCCGAUGAGCCGUACGACACGGACCAGCUGCAACAAAUCUUCCUCAGCGCUUACGACGGCUUGAUGGUCUCGAUCGGCCAACCGAUGGCGUUCGAGUUCAGAGGGCGCAACCUCAAGGUCACUGUCAAAGGGCUGCACCACCUCUCGCUUGGAACGAAGGGAGGGAGUGCUAGCCAGUCGGGCAUCAUCACCUCCGAGACCGAGGUCAACUUUAUCAAGGAUCCGGCCAGUGCGAUCAAGAUCAAGUCGAGUGCCAAAAAGUGAGUGGCAUCAUCACACACUUCGGAACUUCGAGAGAGAGAGAUGUAUUGAUCAAGUCGCUUGCAACAGAGCCCCACCCAAUGCGAUCCUGGCACCCAACUUCAAGUUCGAAGACAUGGGCAUUGGUGGUCUCGACACCGAGUUCUCGGCCAUUUUCCGUCGAGCUUUCGCGUCGCGAAUUUUCCCGCCAGGCCUGGUAGAGAAACUUGGAAUCCAGCAUGUCAAGGGUGAGUGAAUACAGAGCGCACAGAACAUUGCAAAUCGUGCUGACGUUUGGCGUAACUAGGUAUCCUACUGUACGGUCCCCCCGGAACGGGCAAGACCCUGAUGGCUCGACAAAUCGGAAAGAUGCUCAACGCUCGCGAACCCAAGGUCGUCAACGGUCCCGAGAUCCUCAACAAGUUUGUCGGUCAAUCCGAAGAGAACAUCCGCAAGCUCUUCGCUGACGCGGAGAAGGAGGUCAGUUUUCGGCGAUAUGCUUUUCGCUCUAGAGGAGACGAGGGCUUAGCUGACACCAUGGAUUGUUGUGAUGCGCGAUGUUAGUACAAGGAGAAGGGUGACGAGUCGGGGUUACACAUCAUCAUCUUUGAUGAGCUGGAUGCGAUUUGCAAACAACGUGGCUCGACCAAUAACGGAACGGGUGUAGGAGAUUCGGUCGUCAAUCAGUUGCUGUCCAAGGUAGGUUCGGACCUCCCCGCCAGAUGAUGAAGGGAGGGCUGGCGACGCUGACACACCCACGAAUUACAGAUGGAUGGUGUUGACCAACUUAACAACAUCCUUAUCAUCGGUAUGACAAAUCGAAUCGACAUGAUCGACGAAGCGCUCACUCGACCCGGUCGACUCGAAGUACACAUUGAGAUCUCGCUGCCCGAUGAGAAUGGGCGAGUACAAAUUCUGACAAUCCAUACCGCCAAGAUGAGAACCAAUGGCGUGAUGGGCAAAGACGUCGACCUACAUGAGUUGGCGAAUUUGACCAAGAACUUCUCUGGUGCCGAGAUUGGGGGUUUGGUCAAGAGUGCGACAAGUUUCGCUUUCAAUCGACAUGUCAAGGUAGGUCACGAACGAGAGCAUACUCGAGGUCGGCGAGCGACUGGUCUUCCCGCUGACGAGUUCCUCAAAAUUUGCAACAGGUCGGGACGUUGGCUGGUAUCAGUGAUGACAUCGAUCAGAUCCAAGUCGGGCGAGAAGACUUUAUGCACGCUCUGGACGAGGUGCAACCUGCGUUCGGUGUCAACGAGGAGGAGCUGCAGCAGGUCGUCCAGAACGGUAUCAUCCACUUUGCUGAUCACGUUUCUGUGAGUCCUCUAUCUGCCCAAGUCGCUUUUGGCCUACGAACAAGAGCUUAUCCGAGUUCAUACUCAUGCACCGCAGAACAUUCUUCAAGACGGUAAACUCUUCGUCGAGCAAGUGCGUUCCUCGACUCGAACACCGCUCGUGUCGCUCCUGUUGCACGGCCCGAGUGGAUCGGGCAAGACGGCGCUCGCGGCCACCAUUGCCAUGGCUUCAGGCUUCCCUUUCAUUAAACUUAUCUCGGCCGAGAAAAUGAUCGGCUUCAACGAAGGUGCCAAGAUCCAGUACCUCAACAAGGUAUUUACGGACAGUUACAAGAGUCCUUUGAGUGUGAUCGUCGUGGAUGGGAUUGAGAGGAUCUUGGGUGCGUUGCAUACUCCUUCUGGACGGGUGAUCGCGCUGGUGCUAACGGCUUUCUCUGGGAACUGGUGAUGCACAGAAUACGUUCCCAUCGGGCCCCGAUUCUCGAACGGCGUUUUGCAGGCUUUGAUUGUCUUGCUCGCCAAGCGACCGCCAAAGGUAAGAGCGCGAGGCAGCCUUCCUUCUUUUUCGGCGGGCUUUGAGCUUACCGAAUGGACUAUCUUGACGUGUAAAAAGGGCCGUCGUCUCCUCAUCAUCUCGACGACGUCCAAUCGUCGUAUGCUGCAAGAGAUGGAUGCGCUCGACGCUUUCGCCUCAGAACUCCGCGUGCCCGCCCUCUCGACCCUGCGUCAGAUCGACUACAUCCUCCGCGACGUCCAACUCUUCCCCAGUAAGGAAGAAGGCCAACGAGCAAUGCAACUCUUGGUCCAAGCCGGUUUCGGCGAAGAUACCAAGGUCGAAGGUCUGAGUUUGGGCGUCAAGAAGUUGUUGGGUAUCGCUGAGAUGUGUAGGCAAGAGCCCGAGGGGAGAGGGGACAAGUUGGUGCAGAGCUUGAUGGAGUUGCAGUAUUGA